GUCGGUUGACUGCACCCUGGCAGGCCGCUGUGAAGAAGCUGCAGUCCUUAAAAGGGGUCCAGGAAACUUUUUUCCCCAGCUAUCCCCGCCAGUACUUAAAGUAACACAUUAUCCUGUGGACUUAAUCGGUUUCCAGUAUCGCAUUUUAAAAUACAACGUCUUUUCCCUCUUUUUUCUUGCCUAUCGCCGGCAGUCUGCAAUCAUGGGUGUCAAAGCUAACAUCGCCCUCCAGAAGGAGGAUCACCAGCGCGACGCCGAAUUCGCAAAGGCGCUGCAUGGCACAACUGCUAAGGCCACUGGCGGUUUCGCUGCCAUGCGUGGCAAGGACCAAGAGGCCCAGAAGCUCGCCGUGGACGAGUACUUCAAGCAUUUCGACCGCAAGACGGCAGAGAACGAGACGGACGCCGACCGCGAGGCUCGCACAGCGGAGUAUGCGACUUUGACAAAGCAUUACUACAACCUCGCAACGGAUUUCUACGAGUAUGGCUGGGGUCAAUGCUUCCACUUCUGCCGGUUCUCGGUUGGCGAGGGCUUCUACCAGGCUAUCGCUCGCCAUGAGCAUUUCCUCGCCAUGAACAUUGGCAUCAAGCCGGGCAUGAAGGUGCUCGAUGUUGGCUGCGGUGUUGGUGGGCCGGCAAGAGAGAUUGCCAAGUUCACCGACGCGCACAUCACCGGCCUCAACAACAACGACUACCAAAUUCAGCGCGCCACACACUAUGCUGUCAAGGAGGGUCUUUCGGGUCAGCUCAAGUUUGUCAAGGGCGAUUUCAUGCAAAUGUCAUUCGCCGACAACACAUUCGAUGCCGUCUAUGCCAUUGAGGCUACCGUCCAUGCGCCGAAGCUUGAGGGCGUGUACGGCGAGAUCUUCCGCGUCCUGAAGCCCGGCGGCGUGUUUGGCGUUUACGAGUGGCUCAUGACUGACGAUUAUGACAACAACAACCUGGAGCACCGUGACAUUCGUCUCGCGAUCGAAGAGGGCAACGGGAUCUCGAACAUGGUGCCGAUUUCGGAAGCGAUUGAUGCUAUGAAGACAGUCGGGUUCGAGCUCGUCCACCACGAGGACCUGGCGCAGCGCCCCGACACUCUUCCCUGGUACUGGCCGAUUGCCGGCGAGCUUGGUUACAUGCAGACCUACAUGGACUUCAUUACCGUCUUCCGGAUGACACAUGUGGCCCGCCGUGCCGUGCAUUUGUUCACCGGUCUCCUAGAGAUUGUUGGCCUGGCGCCCAAGGGAACCAAGAAGACUGCCGAUUCGCUCGCGAAGGGCGCCGAUGGUCUUGUUGCUGGCGCGAAGAAGAACCUUUUCACACCCAUGUACCUGAUGGUCGGUCGCAAGCCGGCCAACUAGGUACCAACCUGCAUUGGAUUAUUAUAGUUGCGUGUUUCCUUGCGCGUUUUUGGGGUAACGAAAUGGGGGCAUAAUGCGGAUGACGGAAGCUCUCUGCGUGGGAACGGGAGUUAGGAAGCCUUUUAAUACUUGCUGGCCGAUGGAGCUGUCAAUUAGGUUCUGACAGCUGACGCGUUGCUUAGCUUUCUUGUACAUGUACAUACAAACUUUUAUUACCUUAGAUGUAUCGGAGGCACCGGUCGAGUCGAGUAUGAGUUGCUCGAUUCUUAAAGAACAUCCCUGAAUAAAGUACCUCAUACUUAUGGAGA